CUCGUACACUCAGCUAUCCGCAUUCGCACACUCGCAGUCGCACCGCAAGCAUGGCAAUGAGCGUCGACCAAAAACGCCUGAGGGCGACCAAAUUUCCACCAGAGUUCGAUAAGCAAGUCGACAUUGAAAAGGUCAAUAUUGACUUGAUGAAGAAGUGGAUCGCAAACAAGAUGACGACCAUCCUCGGCGACGAAGACGAUGUCGUAGUAGAGACAUGCUACAACCUCAUCGAGCAGAACCAAUUUCCCAAAAUCAAAGAAAUACAAAUCCAGCUUACGGGCUUCUUGAACAAGGACACGGCCGCAUUCUGCAAGGAGCUGUGGGACCUGAUGCUGAGUGCGCAGGACAGUCCAAUGGGGGUACCCAGAGAAUUGCUGGAGGCGAAGAAGCUCGAGCUGCAGCAAGAACAGGCCACCAAAGCUGCUGCCGAGUCGCGUCGUCGCGAGGAGAAGGAGCAAAGUGAUAUGGUCGAUUCAUUCCGACGCAGCGAGCGGUCUGACCGACCCGACCGGUUUGACCGUGGACGCGGUGGUGGAUUCCGCGGCGGAGACCGUGGUGGUGACCGCGGAGGCAGAGGCAGGGGCAGGGGCAGAGAUUUCGACCGUGGACCUCCACGCCGCGAUUCGCGAUCACCACCGAGACGGAGGUCCCCACCACCGCGCCGAGAGCGUGACAUCUACGUUCCAGGCGGUCGCGAUCGAGGAGAACGAGGAGACCGGGGUCGUGGACGAGGACGAGGGGGACGUCAGGAAAGAUCUCGCGAGCGCCGUCGCUCUCCUUCAGUCACGCGGCCCAAGUCCAAAUCUCCACCUCGUCGCGCGCGACGUUCACCAUCCUCCUCCCGCUCUCCGAGCCCUCCGCGACGCCGAGUACGCCGAUCGCCUUCUUCGGGCCGCUCGAAAUCUCCCCCGCCGCGCCGCUCGCGCCGCUCUCCGUCACGAUCGAGGUCUCCACCAGCACGGCGGCGCAACAAGUCAUGGUCACCAAGCCACGACAGCAGAAGGUUACCCAGGCAUCACUCGCGAUCUGUAACCCCUCACGAUAAAUCGAGCUCACCAGCAAUCAGGCUGUCAAGGUCACCGUCUCGAACCCCGCCGCGUCGCCGCCGCCGCGCAAGAUCUCGUAGCAGUUCACGGUCUGUAAGCCCUGCCAAAGAAAGAAGACGCAGACGUUCCCCUUCAGCUGAUUCAAUCGAUUCACGCGCUGAUGCGAAGAAGCGAAAGCGUUCGCUCGCUUCGAGCAAGUCGAGGUCGCGCAGCAGAGCGGGUCGUGGGAAACGACCACUUACACGCUCACCAGCAGCAUCACCACCUCCGAGAGAGGAAAGCAUGGAAGAAUAGGUCGGUACAUGAAUUCCUCUCAUUUCCUCACAGCGAUCGGGUCCCUACACUUUAUCUACGCCGUCAACAUAUUUGCAGUGUGCACACUACAAGAAUUUGGCCGGGCAGGUACGAGCAUAGUCUAGCGACUCCCACACGUAAAACGUGUCACACCCUUGCUUCCUUCAACCUCUUGAAUACCCUCUCAGUCGUGCCCAAGCAACAAUAUUCAAAUACUUUCGCAAACGCCUUUUUGCAAAUGAGGCUCCCGUCUUCAAACUUGCCAAAAGUGCAACUCCAAUUCCAUUUCAAGGUCUUCCUGAUAAGCCUUUGUACACUAAACAAUCUUUACCAAUAUAAGCCUACUAUAGCAGUU